AUGGCAAUGGACGGAUUUCACCUUACCCGGGCUGAGCUGGACGCCAUGCCGGACCCGGCGUACGCGCGCGCCCGUCGCGGCGCCCCUUUCACCUUCGACGCCAGCCGAUACGAGAAGUUGGUUCGGCAGCUGCGCGAGCCGCCGUCCAAGGGGCCCGUGCUAGCCCCGACCUUUGACCACGCCGUCAAGGACCCGGUAGAGGGGGACCUGGUGAUCCCGGAGACGGCGCGCAUCGUCAUCAUCGAGGGCCUGUACCUGUCCUUGGACGAGCCCGUGUGGCGCGACGCCCGGGAGCUGUUUGACGAGAUGUGGUUCGUCGACGUCGACGCCGACGUGGCGAGGGCGAGGCUAAGGGAGCGGCAUCUGCGCGCCGGCAUCGUGCAGACCCUCGAGGAGGGAGACAGACGCGCGCUGGAGAACGAUAUACCCAACGGUCUGGACAUUAUCAAGAGGAGGCUGCCUGUCGACGAGGUCAUCGUCAGCCGUGAAGAUGGGGCCUGGGUUCAUUCUUGA